AUGAAAGUACUUCAACAAUAUCUCUAUCUCUCACUCUUUGUUGGGACAUCUCUUGCAGCCCGUGGGGGUCAUUGUCCACCUCUUGGACCUGUCCUGCCUGCACCUCUGCGCCCCAGCUCUCAUCCCUCGGUCAAGUCUGCAGUGGAGGUCAUCCAAAGGCUGUUGGAAGACACUACAUCUGAGUGGAACGAAUCUUCUGUAACCGUUGCUGUGAAAUCUCCAAAUGAGGAUGACUACAUGUUUGAGUUCGCCAAUACUCCACCAAAGUUUGACCCUCGAGGGGUGCACAAGGUGGAUUCGGACACUGUCUUUCGCAUGGCCAGUUUGUCCAAGGUCUUCCCUGUCCUUGCUCUGUUGAAGCUACACGAAGUCGACUUUGACGCUCCUGUUACGAAAUACGUGCCUGAGCUACGAAGUUUGAGUAGACAAGCCCGAAAGCGAGACCCAGUCUGGGCGGUUGACUGGGAUCUUGUUACUGUCCGUGCUUUGACAUCUCAUCUUGGUGGUAUUCCAGCUGAUCUGGCCACUGAUGUCGAACCUUAUGGUGACUGGACAAAACUUGGCUUUCCCCCUGCUGAUCCAUCCAGAAGUCUCAACUGUUCUGGCAUUCUAGGUAUCCCAGAAUGCACCAAGUCUGACUUCUUCAGACGAUUUGGCGAGAGACCUCCAGUUUAUGCACCAUACGCAGCAAACACCGUUUACUCAAACGUUGGUUGGGCUAUCAUGGGAUGGGUUAUCGAAAAGGUCAGUGGUCUGCCCUCUGGGGAGUUCAUCAAGAAACACAUCUGGGACCCCACCGGAAUGAAUCACACAUUUUACGAGGAACCCGAUAGUUCUCUCGGGUUUGUGGCUUUGAACGAUGUCUGGUGGAAUGCAACCCUUGGUUAUGGUGAUCCUGCCGGUGUUUAUUAUACCUCCUUGAAUGAUAUCAUGGCUUUUGGAGAUUCUGUCCUCAAGAAUGAACAACUUAGUGCUGUACAGACACGAAAGUGGUUAAAGCCAGCGACAGGUACUUCAUCAGCAGGAAUCUUCGUUGGCGAACCUUGGGAGAUAUUCCGCUCGACAAACGUCACAAAAGACAAUCGAGUUGUUGAAUUUUACACCAAAGCCGGCGAUAUUACUACCUACCAUUCGCUUCUAGUACUGAUUCCCGACUUUAAUCUGACUGUCAGUCUUCUUACCGGUGGCCCGAUGGAAGAGACAAGUGGAGGUCUCCUAUCACUGCUGUUCUCAAACAUUGUUAAAGAGUUACUGCCUGCAAUUGAAGAGGCUGGAAAGGACGAAGCGGACAAGAUCUACGGGGGUACAUAUUCUGAUCCCAAGACCAACAGUACCUUGACACUCUCUGUCGACGACGAGCCUGGAUUCAGCAUCACAAACUGGAUCGUCAGAGGAGUUGUCAUCGCCAAGACAUACCAGAGCUUCGGCCUGCCUCCCGUUUUCCCGACUCCUCCGGGAGAAGUUCGCUUCCGUCUUUAUCCCACCGGCCUUGAAAGCGAGACAGAAACAUCUUGGCGCAUGAUGUUCCUUAUUGGGUCGGCCGAGGCAAUUGAAGAAGAAAAUGCGAUGUUCGUUUGGCCCGAUGCAACCUGCAACACUUGGGCGUCGUUGGAUUGUAUUGUGUACCAGCUCUUGUCUCAUGACCAUUUUGUGUUUACAGAGUCUGGCAAGGGAAGUGAUAGGGUUGUGAAGAAGCUCGAACUUGUUGGAUACCGAGUCAAUUUGGAGAAGGAAGACAAUUGA